AUGGACGGUGGUGCUGCCGUUGCGGAUGGCUCUGUUAGGGCAUGCGCUCAAGCCGAAAGGGCAACCCAACUGGACACCCUCACAAUUCACGCCAAGCGAGCUAACGCAACCGCACCGUUGGGGUUUUCUCUGUAUGGGGAGCGUCCCUCUAUACGCCGACUGGCCGUCUCAGACUACAGGGACGACUCCGAAGAUAAUCCCACCGACAAAAAUGUGAACGACACUCCUUUUUCAGAGGCACUCCGUGCAGCAGGGGUUGUAGAGCCUUGCUGCGUUGUUGGAUGGCGCAUUCUACAGGUUGACGGUGCUGAUGUGACGAGCAGCAGUGACGUCAUUGCACUUCUUAAGGGGAAACAUGCGUUUUCCAUGACACUCGCUCCUCCUGCAUAA